AUGGACAUCUUAUACGAUAUACAUGUGGUGGACGCUGAUCUUAACAAAGUCACUGCUCACGCCUCUCCGCUAAAACUGUGCUGGAAGAGUUCGCUUAGAGUAAGUGCCGCUCCUGGAACAGAAACAUUUGAAAACAUGGCUUCUGAAGAAUGUCACAGCAUUGAAGGAACAGAAGUAACUGAUUUCUUGCGACAAAUGAAUCAGUAUUCAGUUGAGAAGCACAAUUCUGCCUAUGAACUGGUCGUAGAAACAGGGAUUCACGAAAACACUGAAGAAGCAUUUAUCACUCUCACUGCUCAAGAUAUCGCCAAGGAUGGAGCGCAAUCUCGUACAAAAACUUUCAGUACUGGAAAUUCUAAUGGAACAUUUCGUAUACCUCUUUUGCCUGAUUCCGUCUAUGCUGUUCAAUAUCAGUACACAAAAGUGAAACCGUUUCACUAUACAAGCGAGGAGCACUUUCUCGUGGAGACAACUUCAGAUUCCGAUAAUCUCACAGAGUCAUCGAACCCGCUUGUGGAAGCGUAUUUUGAGGUUGAGAAUCAUACGCUGAGCAAGGACGAAAUAAUCCAGAUCCCCACUGUUAGCCUCUUUCGCGGUGAAGCCUAUUCGACUGCUGAUAUAACGAUAACCAUGGACCCUCUUUGCGAAGAGACGAACAUUUCCAGUGUAACGUUUAGCAAUGAACAACCAAGCGCAAAAUUAGAUCUGAUGACCGCAGUUUGCUCGAACUUUCCACAAGCGGACUUCUGUAACGAGACAGAC